CACAAUGAACCGUCAGAUGGUGAGAGGCACGCAUGUUGAGCCGAAGGUAUUGGCACGGUUUUAGAAUAUUAUUAUUCUCAAUUGUGCCUUUUCUUUGAUUAACUUAUACCAUUUUAAACUAUUGAUACGCUAUAUGGCGGUAACAAGGCUGAGUUGGAAACGGUUGGUUCGUCGAGUUUGGUAAAAACGAGGUCAGGCUCAGACUAACGUUAAGUUAGCCCCUCCUGGCGGAUUUUGUUCCGUUAUUUUUUUUGUAGAUAAAGACCACAAAACAAGGCAGAUAACAAUGUCGUUGACUGCUUCUUCUGAUUAUUUCGCUGCCGAGUGUCUGGUAUCGAUUUCCAGCGGUCCUGUCCUGCACAGACCCACCCCAGUCGCCCCUACCACUCAGUCGGCGACUGUGGGCCUGCUCCCUGGAGACCCCGAUGGGUCGAGUGAGGACAGGGAAGUGCGGGAGACACUGAGGCUGGAGGGGGCGAAUAUGAUGGCGGUGGCCGGUAUCCUCACCGACCUGCACGGCAAGUUCCGCCCAAUGUCUGCCUAUUCGGAGAGCAGCAACUCCUCGUGUGGGGGAGAGAGCGGUUACACCACGUUGUCCGACCCAACCACCCCUACCAUGACCCCCUCCGCCACCCCGGUGCCCGGACAGCAGCUGAGGGGAGGAGGAGGCGUGGGGGCCCCGCGGUCCCCGGUGAAGCGACAUCAGUGCACUUUUGACGGAUGCGACAGAGUUUACGGGAAAUCGUCCCACCUGAAGGCACACAUCCGGACACACACAGGUGAAAGGCCGUUCCCAUGCACCUGGCCUGACUGUGAGAAGAAGUUUGCCCGCUCUGACGAGCUCGCCCGCCACACCCGCACCCACACAGGGGAAAAGCGCUUCCUGUGUCCACUGUGCGAUAAGCGCUUCAUGCGCAGCGACCACCUGAUCAAGCACGCCCGCCGCCAUCCUGACUUCCAGCCCUCAAUGUUGGGCCGCUACAAGGGCACAUCCUCCACUCCCAGCUCAGCCGUGCACCAUUAGGAUGGUUUGGGUUGGGGGUUUCCUGGCAGGAGCACAGAAGGUCACAGUGGUUUCAAGUUAACCAGCUACAGUCAGAUCCACUGAUUAGGAUUUAGCAUUGCUGUGUUAUACUCCAAAAUGUGCACGUUAUAACACAUACAUACAAACAACACAGCCCACACAAAGCUGGAUGUGAGGGGGGGGGGGGAAGCAGCUACAUCCCUCCAUCAACACAGAUGAGUCGUGACCACUAUCCACCUGCUCAACACAACUAGGGUUGGGUAAAGCGAACUCUCCAAAUCUUUAAGAAGUGGGGAUUUGUUAAGAAAUGUGCUUUCCGAUUCCAUUUAUCGUUUCCUGAAAGCAAAGUUUGAACCUACUGCACUUCAUUUACAUUGCCAGUUACACAUGUAUCAAAGUACGUGUACAGUGUUUACAAUAUGAAGAACUGGAGCUAAGUUUCAAAAGUUUAGCUAUGCUUCACAAAAGACAGUAAUGAUGCAGUGAAAUGUAAUCACUGUGUGAAAACGAAUACAUGCGAGGAAAGAAAAUCUGUCUAAAAUGACAACACAUUUACUACAGAAUCUAAAAGAAUGCAUUUUUUCUUAUGUCCUGUAUCAUGACAUAGUGCCAUUAAAUUACCCUUUUUAUAGUUCAAAUAACCAGAGAGGAAUGUCUGAUUUUGGUUAGUCCACUCAGUUAAAUACCGGGCUAAUCAAGGUACUUCAUCACAUUGAUGCAAACUUCUGCAAAAUCAAUUAUGCCAAAAAACAGCCCCAGCGUUUAAUGCUUUUGAAAGCAUAAUCAAAUGUAAAACCAUACAACUUUUUGAUAGCAUAAAAGAGUGCUAUUUAUUUUUUCUUUUGUUUUUAAUACAAAAAAAAAAUCUUCCAUGCAGCCUAAAUCUUGAAAAAAUGAGUUUUUUACUUUCACCGUACUUUGCUUUCUGUUUUUGACUCAGGAUUCGAUCAGAAUGGGAAUCGUUAAGCAGAUUUGAAUGGAUAAAAUGAACCCAACCCUAAACAAUAACCUCAUUUCUCAAACACUUUAACAAAUUGCAGGGAUUUUUCACAUUUUCUGUAACCUGCACAUUCAUCAUCAGCCAAAACUCUGGUUUCUUGUGUUUUUUUUGUAGAUUGUUAUUGUGCUCUUCAGUACCAUUUAUUUACCACGAGUAGCACAAAAUUGUGAUGUUUGGUAGCAAGGCAGUGACUAGAAGCCUUUAAGCUUUUUUUUAAUUUUUAUAGCUUUGCUGACUCCAUAUAAGUUUUAGUGGUGACACAUUCCUUCAUUUUUAUUGCAUUGGUAACCAUCAUUGAAGCGAAUUUGUAAUGUUUUCUUUAUACCCAAUCUAACUAUAUAUCAAAUAUUGAUUUUGCCAGUAAGUGAAUCAAGCUUCACUGUAGAAGAGCUGUUUGCACGCCAUCCUUAAGUCUAGAUCAGUUAUCCCCCAUAAAGGCUGACACAUAAUACACAGUACUCGUAUUAUGUCUAAUACUGAUGCAAAUGUAUAUAAGCUUUUAACGUAGAUAAAUGGUAAUGCUACUAGCUGCAGAAUUAAUAAAUGUGAUGAAUUUUAGUCCUUAUAUUAGGGGUAACCGUGUACUCUUAAUAGGUUGGCAUUGCCUAUGAGUGUUGGUGUGUAUGUGUUUUUAUUUACAUUUUUGUUAGUGACAGAACUUGGGAAAGUAUGCGAUAUCAAAAUAUCUUGAGAGGAAAAAUAGAUGGCAUGAGAUGAGCUUGACUUUCAGCCCGUUGCCUUCAAAGUUCACGGUUUGACUUUCAGCAGCAGAUAAACCAGGAGUCUUAAAUGUAAAUCCUGUUAUGACUAUUUGUGUGUGGGAAAUUGGUCUGAAAACUACUACUACUACUACAUUUUGACUUGUCAAAGCAGCAACAAACAGCACAAGGCGCAACUAAUAUCAAUAAGUUAAUGAUGGCUCUUUUCAAUAGAGGUGGUGUCAUUCAACCAGCAGGCACUCGUAAAUGUUAAUCGUCCGACUUGUUUAGACAAGUCAAAAUGUCCACUGAUAAAGAAACAUCACUAUAUAUGUAUAAAUGCGGAUUUGUUAAACUGUUCAGUACAUUUAAGUCAACGGGCACCUAAAUAUUUCUACAUGCCAAAAAAAAUAAUCCUCAUGUAUUUAAAAAAUAAAAUAAGAUAAAAUAACAUACCGGUACAUGAGCAAACCUCAAGAAAUUUAGAUAUUUCAAAUCUAUUUGAGUACAAACCGUAUCCAGGUCUGAUCAUUUUUAUUUUAUUUUAUUUUUUUAUGUUUCCACACUGUUUGUCCAGCUCAUGGACAUAUUCUUUAUCUCAGUGAACAACACUUAAAGCCUUAAACUAUGUCAUAUCUACUUUGCGCCAUGUUUACAGUUGAAUCAUUGUAUAGGUCUAUAUGCCCUCCUGUGGGCUCAUCACAGAUACUCAUUAUGCAAUAUGGCACUUUUUUCUUAUAGGUGUAUAUGGCUGAAUAGUGUAAAGGCUUGCACUGUAUACGCUUCUACAAGCAAGCGCUGUGGAACUUGUUGAUGGUUUGUAAAACUGCCUUUUUUUGUCCAAGUGCUUUAGAAAGCGUGAUACAAGAAGUGAGUAGUUUUUUGUUUCUGGUCUUUUUCCUUUUUUUGUAGUGUUUGCUUAGUCAUCCAGGCCCUUUCUUGUGGUGUAGAAUUUGUAUUUUUUUAUUUUUCUAAAUGGAACACGCUUCCUUGGUGUUUCCAGCUCUGUUGACUUUGUCUUCGUCACACUAAGAUUACAGAUGUCUUCCUUAUUCAUAUGUCAAACCAUCUAUGUACCAAUUCGCUGUUGAUCUCGUUUUCAUAGGAGCUGCACUCAUGAAUGCGAUGCUUUGAAGUUUCUUACACAUUCCUUCUUCAGAGCUUCGACCUGUUGACUGUUUUUGGUUUCUGCUGGCAGUAACCACGAACACAUGGACUGUUUAGUGUUUAACAAAGGAACACACACAAUAUACUUGUAUUUUACAUCUAUAAAUGGAAACAUUUACCUCACACUGAUGGGCGUGGCUUUUCACACUCUGUCCGAGUCUCAAAGUUAUAUUACAGUAAGAACACACUUAACUGAUUGUCUUUUAUCGUUGUCUUUACAAAAUCCAUCCAACCUGUUUUUCAGAAAGUCCUUUAAAGCCAUCAAGCCUUGGAGUUAAGAACUUGGUUGUCAGCUAGCUCGCCUGCUAUGCACCCUUGUCCUUAUCUUGUCUUUAUAUGCAACAUCACUACUACCUGUGUAGCAGCAGAAUUUCCUUUCCAUGCCUCAAUGAACUGUUGUUAAUAGACCGUAGCAAAUGAAUCUCUGGGAUAAAUCCAGGCUCUGUCAUUAAAGGCCAGCAGGCGUGUUUCUGUUAUCAAGAGAAAGACUCACUUCUGCCUCAGGCCGAGGCUUAAAAGAGGUAUUAAAAUGUAAAGAAAAUGACAUGCAGACUCACUUCACUGCAGAUUUCAAUUGAAAGAGCUCAGUCCAAAUCUAUUUGUUCAUAUCACUGAAUGUGGCUUGAUGACAGAUGAGCGUUAUCCACUUUGGAUUUAAUUUUUGCUGCCUCACUGAGAAAGAAAACGCGACAACUUCUCUUGUCACCACACUAAUUCAGAUAUGCACAUUGUACAGAAAUGGAUGUUUUUUUAAAUUGAUGCCUAGUUUUUACAUUAAUGUAAUUUUAAAAAAACAAAUCAAGCUGUUUUGAUAUUUAUAUUCUCAGGUGUCUUACAUUUUGAGCAUUGGAGUUUCAAUCUUUCCCGUGCAACACCUCAGUACAAGCAUGUUUUAUUUCUUUUGUUAUGCUGAUUAAUUUAUUCCAAAAAAUAUCAUUUUGUGUGGUUAAAUUCAUUAUUCUUUUCAUAACAAAUUUUGUGACAUGGAACAGUCCUAUUAAAUGGUUAAAUGCUUCCAUUGUUGGCUUGACGUGAAAAUACCAGGGCUUUUUUUAAAGAAUAAAAAUCCUUAAAUUGA